GCUGACUCGCUGCUGCAUCGAAUUUCUCAUUAGCGUUAUUUUAAAUUUAUCAUGCUGCUUGUAACUUUGCUUUGAGGUUUGCCCUGUGCCAAAUGAGAUUAGGUGUUGUUGCUCGUUAGGAAGCUGGUUUGACAGUAACAACGGAAAACGGAAGUUCGUUUGUUUACAACUCAACACGUGCUUCCUCCAGUUUUUUUUCACAACUGUCGUUUACUACCUGUGUACUCUACGAUGCUCAAGAAGACAAACAGGUACUUCUCUGGUAGCCCUGAAAAUAAACCGCAACAGAAUGCAGGCUCCAAGACGACCCCUAAAGUCCAACACAAAAAGGGAAUCAGGAAACAACAGAAGAGUCAUGCUGGGACCACUGGGACGGUUCAUAUCGACGAGGCUAAAGUAGCGAAGUACAAACGGGUUGCAUCCUAUUCUCUUUCAGGCAUAUCUUCAGAAUUUAAGAGGAAGAAAAUUCAAGCGCAGAAGAAGAAAGUUAGAAAAUCUGUGCUGCAAGCAACCCGUGCAGAGCUACUGUUGCCAGAAGAUGUUGGAUUUCUCGAAGCAGAUGAAGGAGAAGAUACAGUGAAGUUUUACCAACAUCAAAUUGCCGAAGUGGUCGACAUUACCAGUGCUACGAAGCAUUUUGACCUGAACCUUCCAGAGUAUGGCCCCUACUCUGUAAACUAUUCUAGAGAUGGAAGGCAUCUCCUUCUUGGAGGCCACCGAGGCCACGUAGCAGCGCUUGACUGGGUAACAAAACACCUGCUCUGUGAAAUGAACGUCAUGGAGUCUGUACAUGAUGUGCAGUGGUUGCACAUGCCUACCAUGUAUGCGGUGGCGCAAAAGUCAUGGACAUAUAUCUAUGACAACCAGGGCACUGAACUGCACUGCCUCAAAAUGCUAGAUGGAAUCCUCAAAAUGUGUUUUCUUCCGUACCAUUUCCUCCUUGCCACUUCAAGCGAACGAGGGUUCCUGUCCUGGCUGGACGUCUCGAUUGGAAAGAUGGUGGCCCAGUUCAGUGCAAAGUCUGGCAGGCUUAACAUAAUGAAACAAAACCCUUACAAUGCCACUCUUCUCACGGGACAUCCAAAUGGAGUUGUAAAGAUCUGGUCGCCAAAUAUCAAUGAACCACUUGUCAGUAUGCUGUGCUCCAAGGCUACACUGAGGGAUAUCGCUGUAGAUGACACCGGGAUGUACUUGGCAACUGCGGCAACGGACCGCACGCUUAAGAUUUGGGACCUGAGGACAUACAAGUGUCUCAAGUCGUACAAGUUAAAGACUGCCGGUGGCCAUCUAAGCUUCAGCCAAAGGCACCUGCUCGCUGUCUCUCUAGGUAGCUUUGCGGAAGUGUAUAAGGACUGCUGUCGCAGUGCCACCGUAGAGUCCCCUUACUUGCGCCAUAAGGCUGCAGGCACGAUUAAUGCGCUCGAGUUCUGCCCGUAUGAAGAUGUACUGGGCAUAGGACAUCAGCGUGGAUUCACGAGCAUAUUAGUACCAGGAUCUGGAGAGCCCAAUUUUGACGCUCUGGAAAGUAAUCCGUACAUGACCAAGUCUCAGAGGCAAGAAAUGGAAGUCAAGGCACUCCUAGAUAAGAUUCAACCUGAGCUGAUCUGCCUGGAUCCUAAGAUGUUGGGCAAAGUUGAUCUCAAAACUUUGCAGACAAAGGUGGAAGAGAACAACAAGAAGAAAUGGUUGAAACCCAUUACGAUUGACACAACACCUAUGGUGGGAAAAGAGAGACGCAAGGCUGCCAGGGCAAAAGCGCAGCUUAAAGCGGAGAAGAAGAGGCAACUUAUCCAAGGGGCUCAAAAGGAGAAAACUAAGAAAGAUGCUGCGACAUCCAAAAAGCUGCAAGGUGUCCUUGACAGGUUCAAACCAAAAUCUUGAGGGCAGAAUUCUCAUGCUUUCAUGCAUUAUGUAAAUGUCUCUUAUGUUUUUUGUCAUAAAAAGGCAUAUUUGUACAUA